UGACGGCGACGUGUUCGACUCAUGGCUUCGACCGUCGAAGUCGAAAACCAAGGGCCUUGGCCCUUCUGGAUACCUCCUACAUUGUCCUCAAAUAUGCCAGCGGGCCUUCAAGGGGUUCUCUCUUCUCAAGAGUACCAGGCCAUCAAGAGCUAUUUUGAUCAAACGCUGGCCUCCACAGCUGUCAGCAAAGUCACCCUGGCGGCCCUCGUCGGAGUCCCACUCAUCGCAAUCUCGGUCACUUGGGGCAUCACGUUGGUCCAGUCCUCUCAGGGUGAGAACCAGUCGAUGAUGGGUUUGAUUUUCACGGCGGUCUUCUCUUUGUUCAUUGGGAUCUCUACGUUCUCAACAUUCACCAGGUCCAUGAGGUCGAUGAAACAGAGACGUAAUAAUGCCUACCACAUUUUUGUCGCCCAGACGAAUCAGAACUUCCCUCAAACGCACUGGGCGAUUCAGGAGUUUGGAGCGCGCAUCUCCUUCACAGUGGUUCCGACUGGUGCAACACUGCCAGCAGUGGUGUCUGAUGCGGUGGUUGGUGCGACUGUGCCCGUGGUGGCGGCUGUGGUGGUUGGAUCUGCUGAAACCAACGAGGGCAAUCCGAUUCAAGCGGCUCCCAUGGUGGUUUAAGGAACAGGUGUGUCCAAAUUUCUGGCGGAGCUCCAUAUGGCUCUGGGCCGCCCACCGCGAGGGCCGGCAAGGGCCCGCUGCGAUAUGCGCGACGUUUCAUCUAUGCUUUUUGCUGUGGGAAUCCAAUACACCUUGUUGUUCUCUGUUGUUUUCGG